ACUAGCGUCAUCAAAAAGGGACGACAUCCAUGAAACGUUGGUGUGGCUCAAAUAACUGCAAAGUUAACCUGUGACAUAUCCCACGUCCGACUUCUUUUUGCUUCAACGUGGUUCUUCGCCUUCUUUGAAUGAAUCCAGUAUUUAGACGGAGACUUCCUCCGUCUGUGAGGAGUCUCUUAACUGACAUUGGUCCAAAGGAAGAGUGGAUAGACACAGAGCCCGACCCUGUGACUAGAGAUGGGAUAGUGCUGCCGUCCAGAGGAGGAGAAGAGGGGUUACUUACUCCAGCCGGGGUCCAAGAAACAGAGACUACAGAUAACAGCAGGAGUAGUACAGUCUGUAUGCUGUGUAAAUCUAAACCCUCCCGCUACACAUGUCCUCGAUGCAACCUGCCUUACUGUGGCUUGGCAUGCUACCAAAGCCCAGAUCACUCUGUGUGCUCAGAAGAGUUUUACAAGGAGUCUGUUCUACAGGAGCUGAAGGAAAUGGGGAAAACUGAGGCUGAGGGCAGAAAGAAAAUGCAGGAAAUCCUGGUAGGACUCAGACAGAAAGCAGAAGGAACAUAUGGGGGAAUGGAAAGUUUGUUAAGAGAAGAAGGUGUUUUGUCAGAUGAAUCUGAGGGAGAGGAAGGAGAGGUAAAGGAGAAAGUACAGGUUGUAGAGCUCUUAUCAAGGCUAGCAGAGCUACAACAAUCUGGAGAAGAGGAUGUAACAGAAAUUGAGACAAUUCUGAGACAGCUUGAGAAGAUUGGAGGAGGACAGGAUGAAGAAAAUGAGCUACUGGGUGGAGAUGACCAACCUGACGAAGCAAUAGGGGAGGUGGACUUGGCUGAGCGUCUCUCUGGACUGGAUCUGGAUACACUUUCAGAAGAGGAACUCUGGGAACUUCUUAACAACAAGGAGAAAGAAAAGUUUAUGAGUCUGAUGAAGGAUGGAGCUUUUGGUGGGCUUGUUCCUCUGUGGAAACCAUGGUGGGAGGAACAUGAUGAAGGAAGUAGGGAACUGGUGGAGGUGCUUGAGGAAGAGAUGAACAAACUAGAGAGAGGUCCUUCAUCAAAUAUGGAUGAAAAGGACAAUGACAGUGAAUUAAAAAUAUUACCAGCAGUGGCUCCUGAUCAACCAGCCAGAAAAGUAAAAAAGACUAAAAGUGGGAACAGAAAGGAAAAGAGCAACUGCAUUCAAGAUUCAGCAGUCUCAGGAGUGCCUGCAAUUUCUGCAAAAAUUCCAAAGCUGAGUUCAUUAUGUCCAAACCCUUCUCCUUUGGUAGGUUUUUCAUUGGUAAAUGCACUUUUUGGGUAUGCUUUCACUUUGUGUCUGUUAAAUGGAGACACAGACUCACUAAUGUUUGAACUCUGUGACAUGAUCCUAGCUCUGUCUGAGGCGCUGAACUCAAACAGAGUGUUCAACUCAAUCCAAGAGGCUUUAGACUGUGGAGAAACUGCAGUUUUGAGUGGGGGUUACUUUGACAAGGACAAUCUUCAUGCCCCAGCCCGAGCAGUGGAGGCUGUAGCUCAUAUCAUGACUGGCAGAAGCAGGAAGGAUGCUUCAGGAUACUGCCUUUCAGCCCUGAGUCAGCUCCGCUCAGUGCUCUCCCAGGCCAGAGCAGCCCUAUCUAAAGAAGGAGAGGAAGGGAAAAAGAGACAGAAGUACUUCUUAGCAAGCAAAAAAUGUGAGUUUUUUCAGGCCUGGGUGUUGGAGAGUGGCCAUAAUAUUCACAUAAUGGCUAUUGAGUUGUGGAAUGAACACAGUAAAAGAGAGCAUGAAAGAACCACAAUGGAGAAGGCAAAAAUUGUAGUCGAAGAGAGCAUAAAGAAAGACAAGAGGAAAGCAGACAGUAAACUGAUUCAAGAAGUCAAUUAAUGGAGUCUUUCUGGACCAUGUUAAUGUUUGUAAAAUUGCUUUAUUUGAAUAAA